AUGGCUGGCACAUCAUACACUUGGCCAGGGACACCAGGUGCCAGUCCUCAAAAGCCUUCCAACGGCGACCAUCAAAUCCUUCCACACGAUAUUGCGGCAAACAGCGGCCUCGGCCAGCUGAACACUAACCCUGGCCCCUACUCCUUCAACAACCCGUCCACCUCUAACGAUGAUUCCACCAAUGGUAUGCCGGGUAUCAAAUGCCAUAGUAACGGUAGCAUGGUGGCCGCUUGUCCACAUCCCGCAAUGCCCAACAAUGUGCAUACAGAGAUGCAAGGGCUUCACCAUUUGCAGAAUAGCCAGGGUGACAUGCAGAAACUUCCGCCCAUGUAUCCUUCAUUCGGGGUCCAACAACCGGUCAGCAACGGCAAUGGGCAUACGCACAGCAAUAACGACAUCAAUAACAACGGCAACGGCAACGGCUGCAAUUUCCAUGGACGAACGCCCGACACUCAUCACAAUGAAACCUGGAAUGUGCCCAGCCAAAAUAACCAGAGUACUUAUAUGGUUGCACAACAAAAUGGAACAGCUCAACUUCUUCAUGAAGGGGAUCCUGGAAUUCCUCCCCAAAUGCAGGGGAAUUAUCACAAUGAGAUGUUCCAUGCACGCAACCACCCUGAACAGAAUAACAACAUGGUUGCAUACCAGAGUGGAGAGGCUCAACGUCCCUAUGAAAAGUUUCCUGAGCCUCCUCGACAAUAUCUGUCUCCGCCUCAUCCGCAUGUACAGCAUCUUCCAGUAGAAAACGGGAUAAUUAUCCCGCCCCGCCUUCAGUCCAAUGAUGUCCCACCAAUGAAUGGAGGGCAUCCUAUCCCUAACUCGCGAGCAACAAAUAACGGCAUUGGAAACCAUCAUCUGCACCCGCAUAUUGGCCAAACCUCUCCACUGCCUGAUCACCGUUUCGGGUUAUCCCUCUCUCAAAUUCAACCUAUUUUUCCUGGAGGCAUGGGGACUGCACCUCGUCCACCAACCAACGGCAUGUACCGAAUUGACGUUUAUCAACCUAACCAGAGUAUAUCACAGGGAAACCCAGUUACCAAAAUAGGCGCGGUUAAUACUCCUGCAUUCGGUCAACCUUCAGUCCCUUACCACAGUGCACCAGCCUUCGAUCCCGCUCUCGCUAAUUUGGGUACGCCUGCAUACCAGCCAGAGGUUCACGCGGGAUCCCAAAACUCACAAUUUCCCCCCUCUGGUGCUCAUGCGCCUGGCAGCGUAUUUUCCUCUGAAACCAUGUCUCAUUCAAAUCCUUCAAAUGGCGGAUUUAUCAUGCCGCCAAAAUCGAAUGAAAUCAGCUCUGGUGUUCAGCAUCCUAACAGAAUGGGUGCCGGACCUCGACCAAAUGCAACUGAGCCCGAUUUCCACAAUGGGCAAUCCCACAAGCAAGUUAACAGUGGUGUUCAGCCAGUCAAUAAUCAAGACAUUGAAAAUACGGGCAAUACAUACACUGGCCAGCAUGCAAAUCCAAGCAAUCAUAGUUUCCUGAAUCGCGUGGCCCAUAAUCCGACCCCUGGUCCUUGGCCAAACGGCAAUUCGGCUGCUGCGCAAAUUGGCGUCCCAUACCGUAGCCCAUAUCCGAAAAUAGAUACAGGGGGCAGUUGCGAGACUCAUGGAAUAGAUACAAGAGCGCCUACAGCGCAGUGGCCAGCCUCAGUUCCAGCCCCAGCCAUUCCUCUAUAUCAAGACGCCCCUGCACAUAUUCUCGACGUGCACUCUGUUCAACGUCCCAAGUUUGGGAACCCGCCAGGUCCCGAUGCGCUAACUGCGGGUGCAGGAGGUACAUUCACUUAUCCGGCUAUUUUUGGAUGUCCGGCUCCAAGCCAUCCUGCUCCUGCUAAUUGGAACGUAAACGUGAGCGGAAACGAACACACCCAUGGAAACAGACCGUCUCCAGCUCAUGCUCACAUUCAACAACUACCCUCCAACCCACAGAAGGAGAACGGCAUGAGGUUCGUGGUGAAUAAUCGCGGUAACAGAAAAUAUGGAGCUAAGAAGCGUGGGCAACCGCGUAAACCACGGGGGGGGAAGGUUGGCACAGGGAAAUCUCCUUGCCCACCCCCACCACCGGGGUUUUGGUGGAAUGGAGGGUUCCAGGCCCCUAUUGUGCCUGGUAUAACUCCAGUCAUCGGGAACAUUAGUAGGGUUGGGGGUGUGCCGCCAGUCCCACUUGGCUUGCAGCCGAAUGGAUGCCAGAUGGCACCCACAUCUGUUGAAAUGUCCGCGAGUGCGUCCUCAGCACUACAACAGAUCAACAGCUUGGCCCCAUCCGUGAACGGCAACCACGAGAAUGGAAUACCUACACAUCCGGUCAUGCCACAGGGUGGCAAUAGUGGGGCGCAUCCAGGCUCACCCGUUUUGAAAGAAUCUGGACAACCACCCGCACCAGCUCCAACCGCAAUUGGAAUGCCUGUUUGUAUGCCCGUAGCACCGACCCAUGGUAUUGGCAUGGCUCCUAACGUGAAGGGAAUGACGAGGGAUGCCAACAAUCUUCUUUUGCCUCCCGACUCAUUAGACGACCUCUUAGAGCAAUUUUUUGCUGGUUGGGACAGCGCCAAAAAGGAGGAGAUGGAGGGGACUGAGGAUCCUUUAACCUCUACUUCUUCAGGGCAGAGCAUGCCAUUUCAUAGCACGCCUGAUGCCUUGGCUAGUAGAGUGGCGGCAACAAUGCAACAAGAGCAACCAGUUACUGUUUCAAUGGGUGAAAUUCAGGUUGAUAUGGAUAAGGGCUUCCGUGAGCUGAUGGAGCAGAUUGACCAUGAUAAUUUCCCAGGGCUUCUUGAGGAAACUUUGUCGCACACAGAGCCUAGUUCGAGCCGGCGCGACACAGUUCAUCCUGAUCUGGGAGAGGGGUUUUCUGAGAAUUUCCGUGAGAAGACUGAGAGGGUCGGCCGUGUUAAUUAUAAUUUACUAAGCCUCCAUGGGAAAAAUCAGUCCUCUAUCGAUUUAAGCUCAACCCAGCAGGGCACACCAAACCUUAAACCGGACAUCCACUCAAGCGGCAGUGAGGGAAAUAAGAGGGCGGGAGACGACGGGAACGAAAAAGUUCAGGAGCCGGAGGAUCCGUCGAUGUCAUCGACAAGGAAUUGA